GCAAAACUAUCGUUCUCAGCGUCGAAGCUCAGCCUUCAUUGCACUGUUCAGUGCCCUUCUUGUCCGCCAACCGUUACCGCCUUCUUCCUCUUUCCAGCUGCAUCCCCUGACAGCAAGGCGGCGGGCUGCGGCGGCCACGCUCUGAGCAGCAGCCAUGUCGGACGCCAAGGCGAGCACCAUCCGGACGAGGAAGUUCCUCACCAACAGGCUGCUGCAGAGGAAGCAGUUCGUUAUUGAUGUGCUCCAUCCUGGCAGGGCAAAUGUGUCAAAGGCUGAGCUGAAGGAGAAGCUGGCCAAGCUGUACGAAGUCAGGGACCCCGCGACCAUCUUUGUGUUCGGGUUCCGCACCCAGUUCGGAGGCGGCAAGUCGGUCGGCUUUGGGCUCAUCUAUGACAACCUGGACGCUGCCAAGAAGUUUGAGCCCAGAUACAGGCUGGUCCGGAACGGCUUGGAGACCAAGAUCGAAAAGUCAAGAAAGCAGAUCAAGGAGCGCAAGAACAGGUCACGGAAGGUCCGCGGUGUGAAGAAGAACAAGGUGGCUGGAGACUCCAAGAAGAAGUAGAUGGGACAGAGCAUCAAUCUCUCUUGUUGAAACUUCUUCAUUUACGACAGUUCUCCCCACCAUUCCAUUCAUUCCGAUGUUGUCACAUUCCGCCGAUGACGAGGGAUGUGAGAGUGAGGAGAUGUGUGCCGAAGUCAUACAUAGCGCAUGAUGAUGUUAGACGUCUUCUGUUAAAUCAGCGUUUGCUUUGGACUUGUUACAUCCGUAUCCAUCAGCGCAUGAAUCACUAAGAGGCAAAGAAGUUCCGAGCCAGCCGGUUAAAUUGUUUGAG